UUGUAAAAAAUUUUACGCUUUUUGAAUUAGUCACAACAAAAAACCAGGAUUGGGUUAUUGGAAAAAGAUUGUGCUGGUAAAUUUUUGGGCCCUGUUGUAUUAAAAUUUCAUAGAAAUCAAAUGGAAGAAAAGAAAUCACAACUUCGUGUGCUAGAAUUGUAUUCUGGUAUUGGGGGCAUGCACUUUGCUUUACAAAAAUUGAACAUAGAUUUCAAGGUUGUUUUAGCUGUUGAUAUUAAUCCUCUUGCCAACCAAAUAUACAAUGAGAACUUUGGCAAAAUCGCAAAGCAUUAUGACAUUUCAACAUUGACGAAGGAACAAUUAGAUGCCUUACGUUGUGAUUUAUGGACACUAAGUCCUAGUUGUCAACCUUACACACGCUUAGGCAAGCAACAGGGUCAUGCCGAUCCAAGGGCGGCAGCGUUUCUGCAUGUACUUGAAAUCCUUCCGACAUGUUCAUACAAACCGAAGUUCAUAUUUAUUGAAAACGUUUUUGGAUUUGAAACAAGCUGGACGGCAGAAAAGUGUCGGGAAGUGCUCAAAGCCAGCGGUUAUGUGUUUCACGAAGUCUUGCUGAGUCCGUUUCAAAUUGGCAUUCCAAAUUCUAGACUUCGUUGGUAUGGACUGGCGCGUCUUAAGCGAGAUGAAAUCGAGAAUUCGUGGAAUCCGAAAUUGUCAUUCCCUGAUAAGGCGGAGACAAUCCGACCAAUAAAUAAUUAUCUGGACAAGGAAGUCAAUAUGGAGAAGCAUUCUGUUCCAGUAGAUAUUCUGCAAAAGUACGGACAUCAGUUAGACAUAGUGAAACCCAGUGACACACAUUCUUGUUGUUUCACACGGGGAUAUACACAUCUCGUUCAAGGCUCCGGUUCUGUAUUACAGAUGUCCGACCACGAAGACAUCAAGAAAGCAUUCCUUGAGAACAGAUAUGAUCUGUGUUUGCGGUAUUUUACCGUCCGUGAAAUAGCUCGCAUUAUGGGAUUCCCUGAAGAAUUUACAUGGCAAGCAAGCGGUGCUAGUGACAAAGCUAUGUACCGGCUUUUAGGAAAUAGCAUCAACAUUCACGUUGUUUCAGCUCUCCAAAAAGAGUUAUUAAUGAAUUAAACAGCUUUUAGACAACGACAUUUUAAUUUUGGGCAUUUCCAAGUAGUUCAAUUAACGU